CGUGCUUGUGUACGUCAGGAGUUGGCGUCCCAGUACAUGAUAGGAUGGCCCUGGACUUAAAUACUCACUUGAAGACCACCAGGACAACUUACAGAGCUUACCGGACAUCAGGGAAAUUUUUAACCCGUGGCCACAGGAACAAAGUCCUCUUAUUUUCUCUUUUACUUUUUCUCACUCACUCUCCCCUUCUCAUUUUCCCUCUGCCGCAGCAGUUGGAUUACCUGUUCAGGUGUAUGGCUGAAAACGCAACCUGACACAACAAAGCCCUCCAACCACACAAAGAUUGAGUAACACUUCAAACUUCGACACCAUUUCUAUCAUCACACAAUGAGUGAUCAGGAAGAGGCAGGCACUGUGGCAAUGCCCAUUUGUGGUGCAACAGGAGUCAGUCCCACCUCCCCUCCUCCUGACCUAUGCCAUGUCUGUGGACAACGACACCUACAGGAGGAGAACCACGAAUAUACUUACAAAGAGGAGGUGGAUGAUGACCUUAUGUGCCACAUCUGCCUUCAGCCUUUGAUCCUGCCCGUGGACACCCCCUGUGGACAUACCUAUUGCCAGGAGUGUCUGACAAACUUCCUGCUGGAGAGCGACUUCUGCCCAGUGGACCGCACUCCACUGAUGCUGCAGACCUGCCGGAAGUCCAGCCUGCUGGUGCACAAGCUGCUGGAUAAACUGGUGGUGUCCUGCCCCUUUACUGAACACUGCACCGAAGUGAUGCCGCGGGGAGAAAUGGAAGGACACAUCAGGAACCGGUGUAAAGGAGCGUCACAUUAUGGGCUCUCCGCAGAGAGAAAGCGGCGCUCUCAGGAGGGAGACUGCACAGACAGCACCUCAGAGCUCACUGUGGCAGCACUGCCCGGAGAGGGAUGCCCCUCCUCCGCUAUCGCCCUCCUAUCAGACGAGUCCGGCCUGGUUAACCCUGCCUAUGAGCCCAGUGUGGAAGAUAACAGCCAAUCCGGGAGCACCACCAGCCUGGCAGCACGCAGCGGUUCGAGGAAGAGUGAGUAUCGCAACUUUGACAGAACGUCAGCGCGUAGUCGCUCUUUUCGCCGCCUGAAUCGAGCCUUCAGUGUCCUGAGGAGGACCAAGAGUGGGACAGCAGUGGCCAAUGAGACCACAGAGGAGCGAGACAACCUCAGAAAUGCCAACAUACCACCGGAGGUAUUUGCAUUACCUCAGCUGCAUCAUCUAAUCCCUGAUGGUGAAGUCACCAGUAUAAAGAUCACAAGGGCAGAUCCUUGUGAACCACUGGCUAUUAGCAUUGUUGGGGGCAAUGAGACGCCUUUGGUUCGCAUCCUCAUUCAGGACAUCUACAGAGAGGGCGUCAUCGCUCGGGAUGGAAGACUGCUACCUGGAGAUAUGAUCCUCAAGGUGAAUGGUAUAGACAUCAGUAACGUGCCUCACUGUUACGCUGUGGCGGCUCUGAAGCAGCCCUGCACACUGCUGCGGUUGACCGUACUGCGAGAGCAGCGCCACCGUUACCGCUCCCAUCAUCACUCUCCCACCGAGGCCUUCCCCACCAUCCGGGACGACAGCCUGCAUGUGGUCCUCGUUAAGAGGGCUCCAGAUGAACAGCUGGGAAUCAAGCUGGUGCGUAGGCCUGACGAGCAUGGCGUUUUUAUCUUCCACCUGCUGGAGGGAGGGCUGGCCGCCCGUGACGGGAGGCUGACAGUAGACGACCGUGUUCUGGCCAUCAAUGGCCACGACCUGAGAUAUGGCGCUCCCGAGCAUGCUGCGCUGCUUAUUCAGGCGAGUGAGGACCGCGUCCACUUCAUUGUGUCCCGCCAGACUCACAUCCCUACUCCGGACAUCCUACAGGAGGCGCCGUGGAACAUGGAAGGACCACCGCCCUACUCGCCUGUGGAUAUUGAGCACUCUUUACUGGAUUCAUGCCAAAAGCCUGCAUGUUACGAGAAGACGGUGACUCUGCUGAAAGAGCCGCAUGAUUCUCUCGGCAUGACAGUUGCGGGUGGGAUGAGCAGCAGGGGAUGGGAUCUGCCCGUCUACGUCACCAACGUCGACCACAAUGGGGUGGUGGGACAAGAAGGCUCGAUCCGCAAAGGUGACAUCCUUCUAAUCGUGAAUGGGGUUGACCUGACAGGUGUGACUCGGAGCGAGGCUGUGGCUAACCUGAAGAACACCUCGUCCCCAGUGGUCCUGCGGGUACUAGAAAUGAGACCCCCAAAUGAGAGCUCCCUGGACUGCAUGCCCCCCCUGCAUUCCCCCUGCGCUCUCUCGCCCUCUUCACCCGGAGACAUCAAACUACCCCCGCCUAAUGAUGACCACUCCCCCCUCUGGGUGUCCUGGCUCCAGCUACCCAGGCAUCUAUACUGCUGUAAAGACAUUGUCCUCCGCAGGAGCACGUCUGGCAGUCUGGGUUUCAGUAUUGUGGGUGGACAAGAAGAACGCAACUGUAACCAGUCCUUCUUCAUCCGCUCUAUCGUAGAGGGCACACCGGCCUACAACGACGGCAGGAUACGGUACAGACUCUUAGAUAUGUAUAUGUCUACUAUUGUCGGAAACCAUGCUUUUUUUGGUCACUCAGGCUGUGACUGGUGA